UUUUUGAAAAAUGGUCAAGCUAUAAAAGUGCAUGGUCAGCAUCUAUUAAUGCGCAGGCCUCAUACAGAAGUAUCAUCGCUUCGGUGAGUGGCAGCUUCUCUGUAGAUGUGAAGAGGAAUAAACAAAGACAAGUCAGUGGUGAGUCAGUCACAACGCGUGUGCAAAUGCGUCAUCGACUUUACAAAAUUUUUCUGGGAUCAAGACUAACUCUUAAUAGAGAAUUUAAAUCCCUUGUUAUCGAAAUUGGAAACACCUUGGCAAACAGUGAAAACGUGCUGGCAGAGUACCUCGCCGACACACUCGUACGCGACUAUGGUACCCAUGUACUGACGACAGUUGAUGCUGGCGCUGCCAUUAUCCAGGAAUCGCAAAUAAAGAGAACACUGAUGUCUACUUACUCCAUGGAUCAACUAUCAGCAAUGGCCACAGCUUCUGCGUCUUUCCUUCGCGGCAGGAUUUCGGCAAUGGUAUCAUUAGAGGCUAGAAUCAAUGCUCAAUCUAUGAAAUCUUUCCAAACCAGCACCACCAAUUCCCACAUCGAGAGUUAUGGAGGAAAUAUUUACAAAACAGAUGUAGAUGACUGGGAAAGUAGUAUAAAAGAAAACCUUGUUACCAUAGACAAGGCUGGGGAGCCGUUACAUACCAUCAUUACAUCAAAGAAUAUUGAAAACCUGCCCCCAUUCCUUGUACGACAGGUAUCUAUAGCAGUUGAAUCGGCUAUUUCUAGGUACUAUGUGAUGAACACCAUCACAGGCUGCACCGAUAUCACGUCACCUAACUUUAACUUUCUUGCUAAUAGGCCUAAUGACAUCAGUGACAUGAGUGACUUAUGCACUACUGAUAGUGCUACACCCGACAUUCAUUUUAGAUUUGGUGGGGUGUUUACAAGAUGUAUGCCUCCCCGUAUUCGCAAUUCUAAGAUAUGUGACAGACUAAAGAAAAAUAAUCCAAAAACUAAUACAGAUUCUUGUCCCACAGAUUACUAUGAUAUCAUGGUUUUUAGGGAAUCAAUGCCCGAGCGCUAUUACGUAAAAGGGAAACGCUACACAGCUUAUGCUCAAAUAAGUGUCUACUGGUGCGCUGGAAGAGAGGCAACAGUAGAGGAAGAUUGGAAUGUAUUUGAUUAUUUUAACUAUUUUGGGGGCAUGUACACACAUGUGACUCCAAAUCCUUUUACGAUGACCCGGGGUUGUCCCCAGGGUUUUAUGCCAUUACCAUUGGGGAGUGAUCUUAACGUCUGUGUUAGUGACACAACCGACUCUCAAGUAGAGUUCGGUGGAUUCUUUACUUGUAAAGUCGGCAACCCAUUUGCAAUAGAAUUAGCAUCGAACAUCGAAGGUAGGCCUAAUUCGAACUACCCAAAACAUUGUCCAAAAGGCUUUGGGUCACUUGUAGCCACCAUUAAAAAUAAUUGUCAGAUUAUGUAUUGUAUUAAGUACAAAUCUGAAAUGAAACGAUAUUUCAAUACAGCUACUCCAGAGAUCUCAAUAAAACGUCCACCGUAUAUACAUCAUCCAGAGCCCUCUGCCAACGCUACCAAUACGAUGACGUUUAGUGAUGAAGGAUAUACGUGGAAGAAAGAUGAAACUACUGGUGAAUGGACGAAGGACAAAAAGACGUCGAGCUUAUCAGGAUUUCUUGCCGCUAGUCUUGCUCCUACUAAUGCUGCAUCAUUACCAUCGACAGGAUUUCUUGCCGCUUGUCUUGGUAUAAUAAUGCUGCAUCAUUACCAUCAACAGGACUUCUUGCCGCUAGUCCUCCUACUAGUGCUACAUCACACCAUUGUCCUACAUCGUCGUGUAUUUGUACAUAACAGCUUAUACAAUUGAUACGGUAGAUAAUAUAUUAUUACGACAUUCUUAUAUGUAAUGAGAUGGCCUCGGCUUAUCCUUUAAUAUAUGAUUAUAGCAGAAGCCUGCAUGUCGGUGAGGAAAUUACAGAAUAAUAGGCCGCAUAUAUUAGGCCUUAUUCCGAGUUACACAAAGCAUAAAUACAACUUAC